UUUAUGUGCCCCGAAUUACACUGUUGUUUGUAGAUUUAAAUGAUAAUUUUUCACUUCAAGAGUUUGGCCGUUUAUUGUGCAAUUGUUCAGUUAACGGCUGUAGAGAAAACAAAAUGAGAAAGACUACAUGUCUCGUAUGUGACGUCAAGCUCCCUGCGACUGGCGUUGACAAGACCGACAAUCGCCCCAUCGGCAUAACUGAAAUUCUCCACAUGCCCCGACUUAUAAUGGAUUCCCCUUGGAAAAAAGCCGUAAAGCGCAGCAGAGGGAUCGCCAUGUCUGUACCGGAGUUCCAAGUGCGGGUGGUGACGUAUAUCAUUCGCGUCGAGAGCAGCGAAGAGCUGUAGUUCAUGAAGCGGCCUCACACAAAACCUAACAUUAUCAAACUUCUUCGCGAAAUUUUACUUCAAUAAAACAUAUUCCUUUUAUUUAGGACACAGGUUAACACUUGAUACAAUGCUAGAAAUAAAGCUAAUAAUUAUGUUAAACACAGUUGCAUUUGAAUCGGAUGGUUUCGUUUUAACUAAAGUGCAUGCCGGUCGAAGCGUUUUCAUUGGAUAGAUCGGCUCGCGUUCAACUGAAAGGGGCGUGAACUUUGUGAUAGCAUUGAUAGCCACUGUAAAAGCCUCUGUGAGGAACACCGUUUUCGGCGCCGUCCAGGAUAUAAUAUUAUACGUUUUUUUUGUUAGACGAGGUUUGAGGCAUUGCCAUGUGGGGAUGACUUUCAAGCUCAUGGACUCGUGUGUUUAGUUGGCGGAUUGUUUGUAAGGCCUGUGGACAUGGCAUUGUGGCUUGCACCUAGCCUCUUCCAGCUAGCGAGCUGAGUGGCCUAGAGAAGACUUGCUUUAGAGUAGCGCAGUGUUAGCUUCCCUCAGCUAAUGCACUGUGGACUAUAGUAACGUUAACAUUAACUAACAACGUCGUUCAGUUCAGUUUAAGUUUUGCUUUUUUCUUCUUAAACCUUUGCUAUUCAUAAGGACACUUUACGUCGCCUUCUUCCCUGGUUAGUGGAACUCACCUGAAGCGAUAGCAUGCAAGUGUCGUUCCAGAAGUUACCUCGUCAGUCGAUGCUGUUCUGCUCACUCGGACUAACGGAUCGCUAGCUAACUACCGGGCAUUGUGCGUUGUGUAGCUGGAGCAUGCUAACUUGUACCAGGAAAGUUGUUACCUGGUCAUAACCUUAAGGUUAGAAUAGGGCAGUGGCACUUGUUGGGGUUUAAACGCCUAACGCUUGAGACAACGUGUGGUCGUUCACAUACCACAUGCAUGGCCAUUAACGCUACGAUGUAAUGCAACACAGGGCCUGGUGGUUUGGGCCAUAUUUACAGCUGCUGAAUUGUUUUCCUGUCUAUAACGUCUGCUCAAUAGUUCAUUGAACACUAAGACUUUGUAAAUGGUCAACCGACAGGCCUCUAGAGUUAGAAUUAGUUUAGUUGGAUUAGUGUUUCCACUAUCAAGAUGAACAAUCCUGCAGUUAUGACACAAGAAAAGAUGGAGUUGGAUCUUGAAAUUUCAAAUUCACUUGUUCAAACUGAUGGACAAUUGAGAAGAUCGAACAGUGCACCCAUGAUAAAUGGCCUAAGUGACAACUGUCAAGUGUUCCAGCGAGAGGUUCUUCGCAGCAGAAGAAAUAGCACAACUGUUGUCAACAGGCCCAAUAUGGUUCCAUCGUCACCCAUUCGAGUGCCCAGCACAAGACUUCAUCAGAUAAAACAAGAGGAGGGUAUAGAUGUAAUGAACAGGGAGACCGCCCAUGAGAGGGAGGUGCAAGCGGCAAUGCAGAUGAGCCAGUCCUGGGAGGAAAGCCUCAAUCUGAGCGACAACGAUUUGGAGAAGUCUGUGUCGUCGUCUCCAAAGAGGAUCGACUUUGUGCCCGUCUCCCCAGCCCCCUCCCCGACCAGAGGGAUCGGCAAGAAGCAGUGUUUCUCUCCUUCGUUACAAAGUCUGGUGAGCAGUAACGGCCUCUCUCCCAGCCCCAUCCCCAGCCCCACCCGGCGCUUCAGCCGCCGCAGUCAAAGUCCGAUUAACUGCAUCAGAGCCAGCAUACUGGGGCCAAUCAAACGCAAAGGGGAGAUGGACAUAGAGAGCCAACCUAAAAGGCUCUUUCAGGGGACUACAACCAUGUUGUCGACAGAUAUAGCCCACCUGUUGGAUGUCAGUUCCUGUCCAAGCCCAGAAUUGCUGGACGGCAGCCUCAGCAGUGUGUGCUCUUCCACUGGAUCGCCUGGCAAAAUGGAGGGAGUCUCGCCUUCCUCCAGCAAUUCCCCCUUCACAUCCCUCCAGGACCUGUCUCCUAAGUGAACAAGGAGACUUGCAAGAUACACUAGAGCAGGAUAAAGAGACACUAGAGUAAGAGAAAGAUGAAAUGGUGAAACGACGGUCUCCAUCUGAGGAGGGUGAAGAUUGUGUUUCCUUCUCGGACCCUCCUUCACCUAGCUUUAGUUUAAGUGGAUUUUCACCAUGUUUUGCUUUUGUGAGGCUGGUGGUUUGGCUUCAGGUUGGAGGGUCCUGAUAUGUCUGAAAGGAAACAAAAGCCAUGGUUGUGUGCUUUGCUUGUAGAGACACAGGUGGGACUGUUGUGAUGGAGGAAUGAGGAAGACCUUAAGGGCACCAGCUGCUAGUUGUGGAGGUUUUUUUUAAUGGUGCAUCGCUUCAUAGUGAUACUGUGUUUCCAUGUCUAUACUGCCAAUGUAUCAGCUGGUUCUCUCCCGCGAGAGACAUUAAGCACUGGACAAAAAAAAAAAAAGACUAUUUGGAUGUGUAGAAUGCCCUGUUUGUGCUGGAAAACGUUUGUUCAAAGGCCUAUUGUCUGUACAGUCUGCAGGUUUUGUAUGAAAGGAUUUAAAUUAUUUUUGUUCCUCUUGCUUUAUUGUACGUAUAUGUGUAUAUAUUAAACCUUGUCUAAUAUCAUAGUUUUAAUUUGGUUAUUGGCUGUGAGGUUGAACACGAGGCACAGACCUUCAGCACGCCACUAAAUUCAUGGCCGUGGAGGCAUAAGUCAGCGUUCCUGGUUACAAUUUUACCGUAUUGGAAGUUGAUUGUAACACGAGUUUUCAGUUCCCUGUAAUUCAUAUUUUUUUUAUGCCAUAGGCUGUAAACUGUGUUGAGAUUUCCAUGCCAGCUUGUCAUACUUGCUGCCAGCUUGUCAAACUCGCUGCAAGUUGAAUUGCCUACUGUUGGGGCAAAAUACUUGACUUGGCAGAUGAUCAGACUUAAUCAGAGAAUGCUCUGUAUUAUUGGGAUUGAAACGUUAAGGCUGCUCCGUCGCUGUUUAUACAUAAUUGUAUGCUGAGUAACAUUUAUGUGCAUACAAUUUCUUCCUCUGAUACAGGCACAAACAUUUUAGGGGAAAGAUAUUGACUUCUUUAUUGUUUUUCCUGUUUCUGCUUUGGUCCGUUUGAAAAAGAUUCGAUGCAGAACCUGUUCCUGCAGUGAUGUUUCAGUUGUAUGUGAACCGUGUGUGGGAAAGUUCUAAAAUAAACCCAUUUAUUCUUGUCGGAAGUGUGGAAGUACUGCCUGUUAGUAAUUUGAGUCUUUAUUCUGUACCAGAACUGGAUUUAUAGUUUUUCCGAGUGAUUCCUUGAGAAAGGCAAAGUCAAUGGACAGUUCUUCCUUUUGGACCUUUUUAGCUUUCGAUCUGUUAGUAAGGAGGUGAUUUUAUAUUCGAUUUUUCUGCCUCAUUUUUUGAAGUAACAAUCAUAUCUACUCUGCAGUCCAUAUUAUCGUUUACUUCCACUAGCUCUGGUCCUCAAUUUGCCCCCAUCGACAUGUAUUUAAUUGGCCCAAAAUUGUAUUAUAGAGGCAGUCACACUACUACGGUAGUGUGAGGUAACCAUAAAUUAUUCCGUUUCUUGAAUAUCCAGCAUUAACACAAUCAUAAGUUUUGUUCCCACAAGUAUAAGUACAUCUGGGCCACUACAUCACAGAAAGUCAAAGUAUUUACUGAUCUGAAGACGUUCAGACUUUAUUCAACAUUUAAUGAAGAAGCCAGAAUAACAUUUGAACUGUCAUUAAAAAAAAGAAUCCUGAACCUACACUAGUCUAAAAUUCAAUAAUAUGACAGAUGAACGUGGUAACCUAUAAGAAAAAAGUGAAAUGGCUUUAUGUACAUGUAGCGUAAGAAAACAAAAAUGGUUUUAUAUACAUGUAGCGAUUUGCAUGAAAACUUAACCAAGUUUAUCAUUCUGUCAAAUGGUGGCAAAGGAAGUACAGACGGGGCAUACAUAACAUUAGUAUAGCGCUGUAAUUCAAUGUCUCUUGUUAUACUUCACCAGCCCUUUCUAGGACCCAAAGAGCCAGUUUCUCGACCGGAGAGAUCCUUGACCCCAGAUCUAGAGGUCUUCAUUGUCUGUUUGUUCAAUGAUGAAUGUUAAUUCAUAUAAAUACAUUUCAACAAGUAGGCAAAAUGAAUAUGCUUCAAGGAAGGGGUCAGAGAUGAACAGACAUCCCAGGGCCCUGUUCCCUUACUGCCAGCUGCAGAGUGGUACACAUCCCUGGGUAUUGCAGGGCUCUUUCCUCCCUCGUAUCUCUCCGAGCUCACUGGCUUCAUGUACGCAGGAUGACCAUUGUAAGAAGACCU